GGCUGCCAUCUUGGAUUGUUUAGUCAUUGACGUCGCCUUGCUAGCGACGAACUUGUUCGUCUCUUCCUAGAAUUCGUCGUUUUCGACGACAGGGCGGGCUUUAGCUCCCCAAAAGGGUUUGUGUUAAAUUCUUUUUUGCAUUUAAAUCAUCAUCAAUUGUAAAAACUAGCAUUGUAACGUUUUUAUUCUUUAUAAAUUCGAAUCAUGGCUUGCUGAAAAAUGUCGGUCUUGAAAUCGAGUGUCAUAUCUCCAUGCGGAGAAGCUUUCUCCAACUGCGCUAUCGUAGAUGUUAGAGGAUUAUUCAAUGGAAAAGAAGCCUUCAAAUCGGUCCAACCAGCCCCCAGCCAAGGGGUGCGGUGCAACUGAAGGAAAGAAGGCCCAAGAUGCAGCAAGCGGGAAUUCGAAGCAGUUUCCGCGCGGUUCGCGGCGCCGCGAGCCAACUGGUGCCAGCGGAUGGGGGAGGGGUGACCGGAAACCAGCCUCCUUUCAGAAGGGAAGAGGCUAUGACAAGAGGCCUCAGCCAAGGGGACAGUACUUUGAGGGUGGAAAGGCGAAUUCCAAGGUAGUUGAUGAAAUGCUGGUUGAUGAGCUUGGCCUAACCUACUCAGGUGGAAGUAGAGGUGGAGGGGGCAGUAAGCGUCAGAACCUGAACCAUCUGCUCAACUUCCACUAUGCGCCAAGGGGGGCGGGGGCGGUGGAAGAGGUGCCGCCCCCUCAUGUCAGGAACACCACACGUUGGCUCAUGUCCACACACAAGCACAAGUACAACAAGGAGCAUUUCUUGCAGGCCAAUUGCCAGUUUGUAGUCCGAUCGGAUGGGGAUUAUUCGCUUUACAUGGGUGAUCCGGAUAUCCUUGUCGACUGGGAACUGAUUGAACAAAUUCGUGUGUUGACAAAUGAGACUUUGAGCUGUCCUAUCUGCUUGUCCCAACCUGUAGCAGGUAAAAUCACUCGUUGCGGUCAUGUGUACUGUUGGCCCUGUAUGCUGCACUAUUUGGCGUUGUCUGACAAAACUUGGCGCAAGUGUCCCAUCUGCUAUGAAGCUGUACAUCGCAAAGAUUUGAAAAGUGUUGAGGUUGUCCCACACGCGGCGCACUCGGUUGGCGAGACAAUUACGUUCCAGCUGAUGAAGAGAGAGCGCGGCUCUCUGAUCUGUUCGCCAGUGGCGCAGUUCAACGAUCGCUGCAACCAGAUGCUGCUCUCUGUCGAGGAACAGGCAUUGGACACGGCCUUUUCAAAACUAUUGACUGCUGAUAACGACCAGGUAAUGAAAAUCAUCAACAAAGAGAAAAGUGAAUUGGAAAUAGAGCAGAAAGAAAACAUCAACUGCCCGGAAUUGUGCUUCAUUGAACAAGCCCUCGAUUUGCUAUCACAACGGCAGACUCAGCUUGAAUCUAGAAAGAAUAAACCAGAAGAACUGCCAACUGAAUCUACAACCAACCUGGACCAAUCUGACAAUAAAGACACUACUGAAUCGAAACAAUCUGAUCAAGCCGGCGAACUAGCUGAAGACAUGUCUAAAAUAACUUUGGAUUCCGAGACCAAUACUAGCACAAGAAGAGAGUCUGAAAAUUCGACUGAUGAAGGAACCGCAUUGGAUGAGGGUAACCGCACCCGUUACGAGAGUGUGAGCAGUGAGGGAGUCAGUAGUGAUGGCGGUGAAGAUAUGCCUUCCAACAUAACUGCCGAAGAUCUUGAAAUUGUCAAUGAAAGUAACCUUUCACCCGACACGCCUCUCACGAAGUACUUCUAUUUCUAUCAAGCGAUCGACGGCCAACACGUCUACCUGCAUGCGAUUGAUGUUCAGAUUCUGGUGACAAUGUACGGCAGCCUGGAGCAGUGCCCGCCACUGCUGACGGGUGUAAUAGUGGAGAAGGAGGCGGGAUCAAUGACCGAGGAGCUGCGUCGCCGUCUGCGCUAUCUGCAGCAUCUGCCAAUCACCAGCCAGUUUGAGGUGGCCGAAAUACAGCUGGGCCCGCCCACUGUCACCCAAGAUAUCAUGGAGUGCUUUCAAG